AUGUCUAAAACUGCAACACUUGAAAAAAGAGGAACUAUUUGUUGGUCACCAAAAGGAAAUCUUCUUGCUGUUGGUACAACAGCUGAUACCAUAGAUGAAGAUUUUGAUAGUUCAUCAUUUAUAGAAAUAUAUGAAAUUUCAUCUGAAGCCAAGUUAAUAAAGAAAGUUUCUGCACAAAAUAGAUUUUAUAAAUUAACAUGGGGACCAUAUGAAGGAUAUGAAAAUGGAAUUAUUGCUGUUUCUAAUGAUGAGUCAAAGAUUGUUCUUUAUGAUGUUAGUAAAAUUCUUGAAAUGAAAGAAGAAGAAGAUGUUGAAAAAGCUAAAAUUAUAGAAAUGGAAACAAAAGAAGUUAUUUAUGAUAUUCAAUUCCAUCCAAGUCAAAAUCAACUUGUUGCUGGAGGUGCAUGUGGAGAGUUUAUUAUUUAUGAUAUUUCAGAUUUAAAGAAUAUUCAAUUUACUCAACCAGAACAAAAAACACAAGCUGAUAUUAAAUGUGUUAAUUGGAAUGUUAAAGUUCCUCAUAUUAUUGCAUUAACAUUGUCAACUGGUUCAAUUGUUAUUUUUGAUUGUAAAAAGAAAAAGAAUAUUAUGACCUUUAAUGAUAAGACACAUGCUAAUUGGAAAGGAGCUUGUUGGGUUCCAACUGAAAAAACAACAAUUGUUACUAUUUCUGACUCAGAAGAAAAACCAGUACAACUUUGGGAUGUUAGAAAUACAAUGGCACCAGUUAGAGUUUUUGAAGGACAUAAAGCACCAGUUUGGUCUAUUAAUUUUAGUAAAACAGAUCCAAAUAUUUUUGCUACUACUGGACAAGAUAAAACAGCUAUUUGGAAUUUUGAAACAGGAAAAAUUAUUUGUGAGUUUCCAUCUCAAGAAAAUGUUUGGGAUACAUUUGUUCAAUGGAGUAGCCAAGAAGGAAGAAUGUGUACAUGUGGACUUGAUGGAUUUAUUAACUUUUAUACUAUUAGUGAUUAUGGAGAUGGAAAACAUCCAAGAUGGAUGGAAAGAACAUCAGGAUGUACUUUUGGAUUUGGUGGUAAAAUGGGUAUUUUUAAAGGGAAAGAAGUGUUAUUAAAAAAAAUGGUUGGAACUGUUUCUAUUAAGAAAAUGGAAAAAGGAGAAAUUGAAGAAUUAUGUGUAAAACGAUCAGAAACUUGUCAAGGAGAUGAACAAGAAACAUGGAAACUUAUUAGUGGAAUUGUUUGUAAAGAUGAUAAAGCAGUAAUGAAGAUUACAGGAUUUGAAGGUGAAAGUGUUAAAGAAAAAGUUAAUGAAUAUUAUAAAGAAAAAGGAUUAUUAAAAGUUGAUGAAAUAAAAGAAAAAGUUCCACAAGAAAAAGAAGUUAAUAAAGCAGAAGUUGAAGAAGAAGAUGAUCCAUUUGAACAUAUUGGAGAAGAGGAAGAAAUUAAAGAAAAUACUAAAGGGGAAAUUGUUGUUGAAGAAGUUCAUGAAGAGAAAUAUAAAGAAGAUACUGUAGAAGAUAAGAUUAUUGAAGAAUUAGUUGUUAGUGGUGAAAUUGAUAAAGCUGUAGAAUUUUGUAUUAAAACUAAACGAUUUGCUGAUGCUUUAGUUAUGACAGAAAAUAAUAAAGAAAUGCAUUCAAAAGUUAUUGAAGAAUAUAAAAAGGAAGAAUGGAAUAAAAAGAAAUCAUUACAUAUAGUUAAUGCUGUUAUGGAAGAAAAACUCGAACAAAUUGUCGAAGAAUGUAAUGUUGAAGAAUGGAAAUUUGUAUUAUACGCUAUUUGUAUUCAUGCUAAUGUUGCUUUAAAACCAGUAUUAAUUGUUAGACUUGGAGAUAAAUUAUAUCCAACAAAUAAACAUGCAGCAUUAAUUUGUUAUAUUGCAUCAGGUAAUGUUAAUAAAUUAAUUGAUAUUUGGAUUGAUGCUUCACAUGGAAUUGAAGAAGUUAUUGAAAGAAUUGAAAUAUUAAGAAGUAUGUGUGGUCACAUUCAAUUAACUGACUCAAUUACAACUAAAAUAGUUGAACACGCUACACAAUUAGCUUCUAUGGGAGAAUUGAAUGCAGCACAAAAGUUAAUUGAAUGCCUUGGUGCUCAACAAAAUAACAAAACAAAAGAAUUAAUUGAUAGAAUUUAUUAUGCCCAAGGUGCUCAAGGAACUCAACCAGUUUGUCCUUAUAAGAAAGUAAUUGUUGGUUCAGUUCAACAGCCACAUAUUCAACAACCUACUUCACAACAACAACCUGUUACUAAUAAUAAAUUCUUCCCACCUGUUCCUUCAUCUAGUGGAGUUCCUACAUUACCUACUAUUCCACAACCAACAUUACCAAAUCAGACUCGUACUCAACCUGUGUUACCUCAAAUUCCUGUUAUGCCAACUCCUGUUCAACCAGUAAUGCCUACUAUUCCACAGCCAGUACUUCCAUCAGCUCCAAAAGUAAAUGCACCAAUUUCACAACCAUUGUUACCACAAGUACCUGCACCAGUAGUACAACCAACAAUGCCAACUAUACCAACUCCAGUAGUACAACCAGCAAUCCCCUCUAUUCCAAAAGUUACUGUACCUGUUUCACAACCAACAAUGCCAGUUAUGCCACAAGUUAAUAAUACAUCAAGUUCUAGUGAUGGAGUUAUUGACGUUAUGGUUUGUGAUGAAUUAAAGAAAGUUCUUGAACAAGUUACAUCCAAUAUUGAAACCAAAUCAAAAGGAACUACCUUUGAAAGACCAGCAAAUGUUGCACUUAAAAAAGCAUCUAGUUUUGCUGGAUGCAUUGAUAAAAUUCCAGCAGACAUUGCCAAACAAUUUAUUAAUUUAUUCAAUGAUCUUCUUGAAGGAAAAGUUGGAGAAGCAGAACAAGCUUUCAAGAAGUUAUUAGUUAAUAAACAAACUACCCAAUAUAUCCCUGCUUCAAGUGUUGCUUCAGUUAAAUAUGUUGUUGAUGUUUCCAAACAAAUGAAGUAA